GGGAAACGUAGACGAGAAUUGGCGGGAAACCGUUUUGGUUAUCUAUUAAAAUCGAUCAUUCAAUCAGUUACUCUAAUUUUCUCUCUCUCUACCUCACACACACGCACCCACUAGGGUUUUUGCAAAGAUGUACGCUAGCCAGUUCGAUGGUAAUGCCGCCUUCUCAGGCGGUGGGUUCAUGCCUUCUCAGGCUACUCAAACCCUAGAUACCGGUUUUUCUUCUGCGAAGAAUCGAGAUAAUCAGGGGUUGCUACCGCUAACAGUGAAGCAGAUAAGUGAGGCUUCUCUUUCGAAUGAUGACAAGUCCAAUUUUGUCGUUGAUGGAGUCGAUGUGAACAACGUUACGAUGGUUGGGAGGGUGAUGAAUAGAACAGAAAGGGUUACAGAUAUUGCUUUCACCCUAGACGAUGGAACAGGGCGAAUCGAGUGUAACAGAUGGGUGAAUGAAGCCGUAGACAGUAAGGAGAUGGAGGGAAUACAGGAUGGUAUGUAUGUUCAAAUCCAUGGACACUUGAAAGGCUUUCAGGGGAAACGACAUUUGGUCGCCUUCGCUGUUAGGCCUGUAACUGACUUCAAUGAGAUAACAUGCCACUUCCUUGAGUGUAUAUAUGUUCAUUUGUACAACACAAAAGUAAAGGGUGUGGCACCAACGCAGGCUCAUAUGAUGAGUUCAGUAAUGAACAACCCUUUGCAGAAUGGAUCCAAGGGAUACCAAGCUGCCACACCUAAUCAAUUUUCUGGGCAAUUCGGCAUUGAUGGACUUAAAGAUAUCGAUCAAAAGGUCCUUGACCAUUUGCAACAACCUUCAAACCUUGGACGGGAGAAGGGUGUGCACAGAGAUGAAUUAGCUCAACAUCUAAAGAUUCCCUUGGAUAAGAUCAUGGAAUCCAUUAGAUCUCUUGAAGAGGAAGGCCUGAUUUACUCAACAAUUGAUGAAUGUCACUACAAGUCAACUGGCAAUGGUUAAUACCUUCCUGAAAAUUGACCCCCCCCCCCCCAUAUGUAUAAGACAUACUGUAUUCAUAAAAGCCAAAGUUUUGGCUUACCUUUCAUAGUGCAAGUUCUACCCUUUCACCACCCUUGGAAGGAGGUAUUGAGUUAAAGAUGGACAGGACCAAAGUAAAUAUUUAGGUUUUCUGA